AGACGAAACUUCACCUCCUCAGGCAAGAAAUGGUUGAGCUCCGAGCCACUGAUAUCAAGCUAAUGCGACAGCUACUCAUCAUCAAUGAAAGCAUUGAAUCCAUCAAAUGGAUAAUUGAAGAAAAGGGCGGCAUCACCAGCCGGGGCAGCAGUUUGAGCGGUAGCCUCUGCAGUUUGCUGGAGAGCCAGGAGACUUCUCUGCGAGGCAGCUGCAAUAGUUUGCAAGACUAUAGCGAUGGACUGGAUGGAAUAUCUGUGGGGAGUUACCUGGACACUUUGGCAGACGAUGUCCCAGGCCACCGUACACCUUCAGACGUGGACCAGUUUAGUGACUCUUCUCUGAUAGAUGACCCCCAGGCUUUACAUAAGCACCCCAAGAUUGAGUCUGACGAAUACUACUGCUUUAGUUAAUAAAAUUGAACUCUAGCAGGGACACAUGUGCUCUUGUAUUUAUGAUUCUUCAAUGCUGCUAUUUGUUUUGAGUACUUUAAAAGCACCUUUAUGAAAGACAA